UAAAAUGGGGUUUAGGUGAGGAGAGGUACAGGGUUGUGGGUUAUCCUGAAAACAACCAGAAAAUGACAUCCGGGCCUCUCUCAUAAUUUAAAGAUGAACAAGAUUCAUUCUUAAUUUCUCUCCAAUUCUCCCCCUCCCACAUUCUCACUCACUCACUCAAUCUCCCUCCCUCCUUUUUAAUUUUUUUUUUUUUUAAAUUUUUAGUUUUUAUAAUAAUCUGAAAUCCUAUGAUUACGAUUGAUGAGAAAUGAUUUACAAUGAUUUAUAUGGAGGGUAGUGAUUAGUAUGAUCCCCACCCACCAUCACCACCUUCACCUUCUCCUCUAAUCUUCACUUACUUACUUUCUCUCUCUUCCCCCUUUUCAGUUUCUUCUCAAUUUUUGUCUUUUGGGGUUCUUUAAUUUUCAUUUUUUGAUUUUAUUUUUAGGUUUUUCUUUUUAACCCAAGAAGAAAUAAUACAUUUUAUUUUGAAGGGGUGGAUUGAAUUUAAAUUAAAAUAAAAUAAGGAAUCUUGAUUAGAUUCUGGGUAUAAAACUCCUGACGGAAAAAAAGGGGUGGAUAUAUAUAGGAAAACAAAAAGAUGGGGAAUGUAAAUGGUAGAGAAGAUGGGAGCAGAAGUCCAUCGGAUUCUGGGGUUGUAAUUGAAGAAGAGGAAGAUGAUGAUGAGUUUGUUAGUAGUGAUGCUGCUGCUCCACCUCUCAUGGCCCACUCUCCUCCUCACACUCCCAUUUCUGUCCAAUCUCCCCUCAAGUUUGCUCCUCAGCCCCCCGUGGCUCCGAUACAAAUACCUGAUGAGCUGCAUAUCCCAAAUCCAUCAUGGUUACAUUCAUCGCCACCUGAAGAAGAAAUGAGCUAUGAGCAAGGAAUUCCGACUAUGUUCACUUGGAGUUCAGGUGGCAAGGAAGUGGCUGUUGAGGGUUCAUGGGACAACUGGAAGACAAGAAAACCUCUACAGAAAUCAGGGAAAGACUUUACACUCAUGAAAGUGCUGCCGUCAGGAGUUUACCAAUAUAGGUUUAUUGUUGACGGGGCGUGGAGAUAUGCACCCGAUAUACCGUGGAUCCAGGAUGAGACUGGAAAUUAUUACAAUGUUUUGGAUUUGCAGGAUUAUGUCCCUGAAGACACAGAGAGUAUUUCAGGAUUUGAGCCACCACAAUCUCCGGAUGGUAGCUAUAAUAACACAGAACUUAACCAAGAAGAUUUUGCAAAGGAACCACCAUUCGUUCCUCCACACCUUAACAUGACCUUGCUUAAUGUACCCCCUCUGUGCACAGAGAUGCCGCCACCUUCUCUUUCAAGACCUCAAUACGUGGUUCUUAAUCAUCUUUACAUGCAGAAGGGAAAGAGCGGUCCAUCAGUUGUUGCGCUUGGCUCUACACAUAGGUUCAAGGCCAAGUAUGUGACUGUUGUACUCUACAAGUCUCUGUAGGGAUGUGUUUUUGAGAUCAUUAUUUAAAUCUAUAGAGGGUUGGGUCUAAUGGGUAAUGGUGGGCAUAGAUCAGAACAAUGUACUUUAAUGUUGCUGGAUGAAGUAACACUAUGGAAGGCACUCGAGUACCAAAUUUUAUGUUUGCUUCAAAUUGAAAACUCUUUGUCCUCCUUA